UCAGCCGCUAGAGUUUGUGGACUAUCUUUGUCUGAAGAUGUCUGACAAUGCAGAGUCUCCCACAGAAACGCAAAAAUGUGACCCUUCAACCACACAACAGCCUACUGAAGACUCGGGAACGACAGACGAAAAGAAAAAAAUUGAUGUGUUGCUAAAGGCCGUCGGUGAUACUCCUAUCAUGAAGACUAAGAAAUGGUCGGUGGAGAAAGGGAGGACGGUGCAAUCACUCUCACAGUUCAUAUCUCGCUUUCUCAAGAUGGAGCCCAACGAACAGCUGUUCAUUUAUGUCAACCAGUCAUUUUCACCCUCUCCUGAUCAAGAAGUAGGAGUCUUGUUUGAGUGUUUUGGCAGUGAUGGGAAACUGGUUCUACAUUACUGUAAAUCUCAAGCCUGGGGUUAACAAUGUUUAGCCUUUUUCAAAUGCACACACAACAUUAUUUCUACUCCUUGUCAACAUAAUUUUGUUUGCAUUUUGUCUGUACAUAACCCACUGUAAAUAAAUAAUUGUGAUUAAAUUAA